AUGAAACAAACGCAAACUUUGGCUAUUGAUCCAUCGCUGCUGAUGCGUGCCACAGCUGAGGCAGAGGGCGACACAUCUCCCUCCACGUCUCGAACCUCCUUAUCGUCGUCGUCGUCGUCAUCAUCGCCACCGCCGCAGCCGUCGCUGAAGCGCACGAUGCGCGAAGAAGCUAUUGCUGCUCCACCGCGCAAGACACAUCGAACAUCUGAUGAGGAGAAAAAAUUGCGGCUUCUUGCGCGACAACAGCGUAACCGUCAUUCUGCGCAAUUAUCGCGCGAGAAAAAGAAGGCGCAGAUUGAACAAAUGGAGGAAGCGUUGUUUGCAUGUCAAGCGGAAAAUGAGGCCAUGCGUACCCGUGAGCAACAGCUCGUGCGCAAAGGCGAGGCGAUGCAGUCUCAAAUUGGGGAACUCAGCGCAAGAGUGUUGCAGCUUGAGAGUCUACUGAUAAACACGGUAAAGGCACAGGGGCAUAUGCAUCAGAUCCAGUCAACUGGUUUGAACGGGUUUGUGAAUGAAAAGGAUACGAGUACAGAGGAGUUUGACGAUGUACAGCAGGUUGGGACCUUGUCUGGCGAGGAGCAAGCAAGAGCAGCGCCCGCUGUAGCGCUAAACGUCGGAUUGCUGGAAUCGCAGCUUGGAGUUCAGUCAAUGAAACGCACUUGCCUCCCGGCAGCGGAGGUGACCGCGGGUGCGGACAUCAUCAUUGAUCAUGAACCGAGCCGCGAGGUCAGCAUCAUUGGACGUGGAGCAGAAGCAACAGCCAAUGGCAGCAGCAUUGCAACCAUUCCCAGCCUUGACCAAGGUCACCUUGCCAACAUCGAACGACCCUCUGUGUCCGCAGCCUUUACACAAGCAGACCCAUUCAACGCCUUUGGAGGACUUCAUGCAACAUUGCAGCAGCCCGUUCCAAGCAUCGGAUCCACCGGUGCUUCGGUUGCGGCUAAAGAUUCCCUCUUCUCGCUUGCACAAAGUCUUUCGGAGACACAUGCUGCGACAGCAGGUUGUGGCAGCGCAAUAGUGACCUGCGACGCACCGGAGCAGGACUUGGAUCUUCUCAUUUCCUCUUUUGCGCCCUCGACGGACACGGACUCUUUUUCGUGGCAGUCUGACAAUGCCUCCAUUACGACACCUUUCUCUCACAUUGAUACUGACGAGCCUAGUGUGCCGUCAGACUAUGUUAAGGACGAGACACUAUUUUCCCCUCACGACUAUGUGGACAUGGACGUCUAUCUCCACGCUUCCCUGGACAAGGAAGAAGGCAUGGAUUUGCCGCUGUUUUCUAGUAUUGCGUGUAUGUAG